GCAAUUUAAAUGUAAUCUAUUCUUGCCGGCACUAUUGUGAAUGAUAUCAAUAACUGUUUUGCAACAACAAUUUGUUUACAAUUAUUGCUUUCUCAGCUUUAAUUUAAGGAAAUUCUAUUAGAACUUGUGAAAAGUGGUGAAAUUUUAUUAAAAAAUAAAAGAAAAAGAAACAUGUUUUCCUAUAAUUUACCUAAUGGUGGCUUAAAAACAAAAACCUAUAAAACACCCGAUGGUCAAAUAAAAUUUGAUCCUCCCGUCUAUGAACAACGCUAUACAACGGCCGUACGUAUUAUUGAGGAUCCCCGCUGGAAGCAGCCAUUGAAAAAGAUUGUAGAUUUUGGUUGUGCUGAACUGCGACUUCUAACGUUGCUACGUCGUAUACCCCAUGUGGAGCAUAUUUUAGAGGUUGAUAUAGACGCUGAACUCUUAAAAGUUCACCAACAAAAAGCUGUUCCCUUAAUAUCGGACUAUUUAAAGAAACGUGAAAACCCAUUGCGAAUUGAAGUACUACAGGGUAGUGUUACGGAUUCGGUGGAACAACUAUAUGAUGUAGAUGCAGUUAUAGCGCUUGAACUCAUUGAACAUUUACAUCCAGAAGUUUUGGAUAAAGUUCCCGAAAAUAUAUUUGGUUUUAUACAACCAAAGUUGGCAAUAUUCUCUACACCAAAUUCCGAAUAUAAUGUACUGUUUGGGCCAAUGUUGGAGAAUGGUUUUAGACAUUAUGAUCAUAAAUUUGAAUGGACACGUCAGGAGUUUCAGUCGUGGGCUCAUGAAAUAUGUAAGAUAUAUACAAAUUAUAGUGUAUCAUUUAUGGGUGUGGGUAAACCACCGCCUGAGGUGAAAAAACUUGGUCACGCCACACAAAUAGCAAUUUUUGCACGCAAUGAUAUGUUAAAUAAACCCCUGAAUUAUGAUAUCGUACAAAAACCAGCAACAGUCGAAACUAAGUACAAAGUUAUUUACUCUGUCGAUUUUCCUUAUAAUAAAGAUGAACGCCCAAAAGAACAGAAAAUCCUAGACGAAGCCUAUUUCUAUGUAAAUCAAUCCAAAAAUGUGCCAAAAUAUUUUAAUCGUGAACGUUGCAUUUAUCAAGUACCCUGGAAGAAUCUUAUGGACUAUACACAAAGUGUUGGUGGUACUGAAACUGAAUUGCUAGAAAUAUUAGAGCGUAACAAAUUUAAAAUCGAAGGUGAUUUUAUUAUAUUACCCGAAUAUGAUGAUGAGGAAGAGAAUGCUUCGGAUGAUCUCGAUUACGAUGGUGAAUAUAAUUUGGAAGCUCAACCCUAUAAGUGUAGUCUUAAUGAAGAAGAGGAGGACGAAUUAUCUGCUAAUUUAGCAAGUGGUUGCAAUUUAAUUGCGGGUAAGGUUAACUAUGAUUCAGAAGAAGAUUGGGAUUGAAAUUUUAUAAAUGAAAAAGUGAAUGAAUAAAAUUAUUUUUUUUUGUUUUGUUUUUGCAAAUGAUUAUUUAAAAGAGUGAUUUUUUAUUAUUAACAUUUUAUUAAGGAUGUGUGUGAAUUGCUUAUGUUUAGUUUUUUUUAAUACAUUUCUAAAAUGUAUUUAAUUCAUUUAUCGUUUAAAAUUUUAUAUAAAUGAAGAAUAAAUGCUUGUUUAUCUUAAUAAAAUCUGAAACA